CUGCAUCCAGGCAACCAGAAAGAAAUUUGAAUUUGUUCUUUCUGUUAAAUUACGUUAUUCUGCAAGCACGUUCGUUACUAACAUGGAUCUAACGGAGAGAAAGUUGGAAGAGCAAGAUCCGAUGAAUGCGGAUUUCAGAUGUUCAGCUUGCGUUUGCAUCACACCCUGCACGCGCUGCUGAAGGUCGGACUGAGCGCGCACUGAUCGGAUGGAUUGAUCAGGAUGUGGAGGAGUCAUCUUCAGAUCGCUCAAAUACAAACACUACUGCUUCUGGUAUCAUUGGGUUUCACUCUCUUUGGAUCUUCAGUCCAAUCUGAGGAACAUCUAGAUCAUCACGUCCGGACAGGCAGAUGUGAGGUGGUGGCAUUACAUCGAUGCUGUAAUAAGAACAAGAUUGAGGAACGCUCACAGACUGUUAAAUGCUCGUGUUUCCCGGGUCAAGUAGCUGGAACCACCAGAGCAUCUCCCUCCUGUGUGGAUGCAUCUAUAGUCCAACAGAAGUGGUGGUGUCAGAUGGAGCCGUGUCUAGAUGGAGAAGAAUGUAAAGUUCUGCCGGAUUUCAAAGGUUGGAGUUGUGCUACUGGAAACAAGAUCAAAACCACAAAGAUCUCCUCAGACCGGGAUCAGCUCUGGUAACCGCUGGAAACCAGAUACAGACAGAUGGAGAAUCUGAGGUGUCAGUCUCUCUUUAACAUGAGAAACACAGCGAAUCGAAGCAGAGACUCCUGCAAGUGUAAAGAUGAAUAUCGGAAAAGAGUCAGAUAAUAAAUGAUAAAGCUGUUGUGGCUGUGUGAUCUGCUGGGAUUGAUCGGAUCAGAUCUCUUUCAUUCUGUCAUUUGCAGUGAGAUCUCUCAUUCUUGGCUUAUGGUACUUGAUAAAAACCUGAUUGAAACAUCUACUUUAUUCAAUAUAAAGAAUGAGGAAGAGUUUGAUACUUUAGUUUUUUUGAAGUUCUAAUAUGAAUGUUGAUGUUUCCUCAUUGUGCUAUUUAUAUAUCUAUAAAAGAUUAAUACAAACUACUGCAGGUUUACAGGG